AUGGAAUCAAUCGUCCAAGCCGCAGAGAAAGCGAAGGAGCAUGGGAUUGACUUAUCGAAGCUGCCGCAGAACAUGAAUAUGACGGCGGAGUCGAUCACGGAGAAUGUUCUUGCUAUGAACGCGAACUGCCCGGAUGAACGCAUGAAAUUUAUCUUCCAGAGCCUUGUCACCCACCUCCACGAUUUUGUCCGGGAGACGUCUCUCACAACGGAGGAAUGGAUGACGGCCAUUAACUUCCUGACGGAGACCGGCAAGAUGUGCACAGACAUUCGUCAAGAGUUCAUACUCUUAUCGGACACUCUCGGCGUGUCGACGCUUGUCGAUUCUAUCAACAACGCGAAGCCUCCUGGAGCAACUGAGCCCAGCGUCCUAGGCCCUUUCUUCACUGAAGAUGCUCACGACGUUCCGAAUGGCGAGUCGAUUGCAUCAGAAGGGAAAGGCGAUUACAUGUAUGUCGAAGGUCGCGUCUUGAAUAUGGAAGGCCAGCCCAUCGCGAACGCGGUCCUGGAUACUUGGGAGACGGAUGGGCAUGGGCAUUAUGAUACUCAAUACGAUAACCGCACAGAACCUGACUGUCGAGGACGGCUUCGAACAGCUGGGGAUGGCUCUUUCGCGUAUAGGGCUGUCGUGCCAGUUUCGUACCCGAUUCCUAGCGAUGGUACGGUCGGGAAAAUGGUCACAAAGCUAGGACGACAUGUCUUCCGUCCUGCUCACUUGCACAUUCAGGUUCAGGCGCCAGGUUACGAGAAAUUGACUACGUCGCUCUACUUCAAAGGGGACCCGUAUCUCACCUCGGACGCCGUAUUUGGUGUCAAGACGUCGUUAAUCAUGGAUCCCGAAAUUGUCACCGACGUCUCGCUCUCCCAAGCUCGCGGAUUCAAAGAAGCGAAACCUCACGCGUAUCUGAAGAGAGACUUCAUUCUUAUAACCCCAGAGCAAGGGGCAGAGGCGCGACUCAUUCUAGCGAAUCGUGCUCGUGCCGCCGUCGUCUAA